AACACAGAACGGUCGCAGCCAAUCAGAGGACAGUUCUGUUUCAAACGAGAAGCGAGAAGUUCCUGCUUCUUGUAACUGUAAAAAACACAAAACUGGGCCCGUGAAACAGUUUUGAUCAGGCUUUGCGUUUCAGGAGACCUAAUACAGGAGCUAAUAGAUUUAUUUAAAAAUUCCUUUGCCUCUUGUUGAGAGCAGUUUGAUGGGAAGCCAGGAGUUUGAGAGAGACUGUGUCGAUGUGGCAAAUGAACUCCUCAGCAAAUGUCACCUGAACCUGAGGCUGAGAAAACUGACAGACUGUGAUGCAAGUGUUUUUAUCACUCUGUAUGAAAGUAUCUUGGGAGAGAAAGUUCCAGAUUAUGUCGCAGCUCCUCGCUGCCAAGAGGAUGACAUUCAUAAUGUUCAGUCUGUGAUCGACUCUUUGUCCUUGGAUUAUCUACAAAUCAGCCUUUCGCACAUCACAGGAGAAAAUGUCGUCAGAGGCGACAAAGAAUCCAUCAAAAAUCUCUUGGAAAUAUUUGAUGGUUUGCUGGAGUAUCUGAAUGAGGACACUAGUGAAGAGUCACAAAACAGUGAGCCAAACAACAGUCCAAAUGAGGACAUUCAGAACGAAGAGAAGGAGCCUGAACCGGAGGGAGCCUCUGUGUCCUCCAGUGCAGAGUCUGGGGCCCAGAGCAGUAUCCACUCACAUCAUUCCCCAAACCCUGAGGAUGUGGCCAUAAACGAUGGUGUUCAUACUUCAGAAGAGCAUCCUUCAGCAUGCCCACCUUUUCAUCCACAAUCUGAAGCCAUCCCCUCGGCUGUACCCCUCCGACCGCCGAGCCAGAGCCAGAGCCACACCCUUCACCCUGAGUCUGUUGGUCUCCACACGGCAAGUGCAGAGGAGGGAGCAGACCAAACCACUGCACAGUUUCCAGAGACAGUACUUGACAGAAGAUUGGACCAUCCCUCUUUAAUCCAUUCACCUGCUUUAAGUGAAAGAUCUUUAUCUCGCCAAAACAGUAAUAACACAGACCUCGACAAAGAAACACUUGAGCUCAAAAAUGGAGGUCCCAGGAAAGUUUUAUUUCGCACCCAGCCAGAUGUGCUCUUCCUUACUUUACAAGAUGAGACGGGAGCCACAGACUCUUCCCCCUCAGACGCAGAGGAGGACAAAUUGGACACUGCCUACAAUCAACAAACACGGAGCAGGCGCACUGGUCACAGACAGAGAACAAACCAGGAAAAGGAGGAUGUAGAGCCUUUGUCCUCUCGCAGGCAAAGAAACAAGAAAACAGAAGAGGAGUUGCAUAACAUUUCUGAGAAUCUUUCCCAUCGUCUUGAAGAGCUGGAUCAGGUUAUGCUUAAGCGAGUCCUCUGUGAACCCGGGGAGUCAAGUGAGGUCAGAAGGGAGGACCGCCAUUUGCACGACAAUCCCAUGGAGCGUAUUUCAUCGUCUCAGCAACACCCAGAUUUACCUGACCCAAAGCCGGAGUGCAGUCAGACGACCAGCUCCCCUUCUCCACUGCGCCCACCUCAAAGGGAGCCUGUGGAGGACUCGUUUUUUGUAGAUGACGGGCGACAAAGCAACCUCACAGAUCAGUCAAAAGGAGGGAGACCAACUCACAGACUGUCCCAACGGAAAUUACGCAAGUACCUGCUGGACAAGUUGUACCAAGAAGAAUUGGAAAGGUAUGAAGAUAAAGAGAGGGUAGAGCUUGACAGGGCGCGCCUCCGAGCUCUGGAAGCUGAGCGGGAGUACAGGGAGACUAUCCUGAAGGAUGCCUCCAAAGUCCACAAACAAACUCCAAUGAAACCGAAACCUCAACAGAGAUCACCUCGAAAAACUGUUCCCUCCACAGGCCGAAAGCUGCACGACACAGUCCGGAAAGCUCCAUCGUUGAAAGUGAAGGACAAUGAUUUGCUGCCGGUGCUCGCUGAGGAGUUGCCCCACCUUCACAUCUCCUCCCGUGUGUUGAGGCAAAUGUGGGAGGAGCAGAUGCGGCAGGUGGACAGACUUCACUCCAUGUCAUCGUCAAGGAGCCAACGGCGCAACAAACUCUCUGAGCAGUUGGAAGAAGCGCACAGAAAGUACAAUCUGUUGGUGGAGAUAAAUCGCAAAGAACAGGAUCACAGCAGGAGACUGCGGGAAUUUAAAGAGCGAAUCCAGCAGCAGAAGUUGACUCAGAGCAAAUUAAGAGAACAGAGGCAGCAGAUCGCACGGGCCAAGAAAUACCACAACGAAUACCACGUCCAGCACCGGGCACGUCUGAUGAGGGCACGCACCAAGGAGGAGAGGAUGUUUCGACAGCUUUUCGAGGAGGGUUUGUCAGUACAGAAGGAUCGUUUGAUAGAGCAGAGAGCGUAUGCCCGAGAGCAGCAGCUGGAGCACCAAAAGCGCCACGAAGACUUCAUCACAUCUAUGGAAAACUACUACAAAGACCAAUUUUCGUUACUGGCUGAAAAACUUGCUCAAGAGAGGCAAGAUAUCCAGAUUCGGAAAAAAGCGCAAGAAAAGGCUCUACUGAAGAUGAAACGGGAGCUGCGUGGUCGAAUGGAGCGAGAAAUCCGAGAGCUGCAGAAGAUCAUCCUGGAGAACGAUGAGGACGAGUACUUCCAGGAUUUGGACGUCCAGAGACUACGAAACCAGAUGCAUUUGGCAUCCUUCAGCUACAACACUAGUUACCUGCCCUAGUGCCCAUCCCAGGACAGUUCAAACUAAUGCCAUGGACCUCAGAGUGGGCGCAGGUCACUCACAUAGGUACAACAUAAGGACCCCUCUCGGCUUCCUUGAGCGCAUUUGCACAGAAAAUUAUGCAGUACUUGGUUACUGUCACCGAAUAUUAAGUUUGGACCUACUAAAAUAAACUAAAGGCGUUAUAUGUAAACAUUCUUCUUCUUGAGCUGCUAUCUCUUUAUGUAUUUUAUAGAUUUUAAUAUUCCCUGCGCUCUCACUCUGCAUUUAGUGUAGCAAAAAAUCCAGAAAAUGUUCUUCCUUUGCCAAAUAGGGACCAGCAAUACAAAGUUAUUAAUGACAGGAUCUUAACAUGUCUUCCUCCAAUGCCUAAACCAUGAUUAAUCCACUUGAAUUAUUUAUUAUUUAACAUUAGUUUGAUUUUGAAAUGUUUGUAAUGUGUACUUUUUAAUCAACUGAGAGAAUGAUUGGAUUUUUAUUUGUAAUUUUUAAGCGGAGACCUGAGUGUUUUGGACCAAAAUUCUGUGCAAUGUGAAAAAAUGAAUAUUGUUAAUGUGCACUACAAGCACAGAGAAAGCUGCAACGAAUAAAUGUCUGCACUUGAUUAA